AUGUCCACCCAGUAUAAUUUCUCGCUGUGGAACAUUUGGGUGGCUUCUACGCUGCUUAAAAUUCUGCUGUUUCCGGCAUACUACUCCACAGAUUUUGAUGUGCAUCGCAAUUGGCUCUCAAUCACCAAAUUAUUGCCCCUAAACAGGUGGUAUCUAGAAAACACGAGCGAGUGGACUCUUGAUUAUCCUCCUUUUUUUGCCUACUUCGAGUGGUUUUUGUCACUUUUUGUUCCCACCAGCGUGUCGCAAGAUGGUUGUAUCAGUCUUGUGGCUAAAGGAGAGUUUGGAAUGCCAACUGUUAUCUUCCAAAGAAGCACAGUCAUAGUGAGUGAAAUAGUGCUCUUCAUAUCGCUGCAGUAUUUUGUUAGCAAGUCGUCCAAUCUGAAAGAAAAGAAGCGCAAUUUCGUGGUUGCUUCCUCCAUUGCCCUGUCGCCAGGCUUCUUCAUGGUGGAUCAUAUUCAUUUCCAGUACAAUGGGUUUUUGAUGGGCAUUCUGGUUUUGUCCAUAGUCAACGCCAAGCUCGGUAACUAUCUUCAGUGCGGCUUCUGGUUUGCUGUUUUGUUGUGUUUCAAGCAUAUUUUCCUCUACAUUGCCCCUUCCUACUUUGUUUACCUUCUCUCGGCCUACUGUCUGGAUUGGCAAGCUAGAUUUCCAACUACUGUCAGCGAUACGUUCAACUUCGUGAAAUGGAAAAACCUAUUCAAAUUGGCUUCUGUUGUGUUGGGCGUGUUUGCGGUGGCAUUUGGGCCUUUCAUCUAUUAUGGACAGUUAUACAUUGUGCUCCAACGACUGUUCCCUUUUUCAAGAGGACUCACGCACGCUUAUUGGGCUCCCAAUAUAUGGGCCAUAUAUUCUUUGAUUGAUAGAGUCUUGAUUCAGGUGGCCUUAAGAGUACCCGGUUCCGCCCCUAUUCUAUCACUUAUCUUCAAACAAUUGGACCUAGAGAGACUAAAAACUGCAAAUACCUUGACCCGAGGAUUGGUGGGGGACGUCGAGUUCUUUGUUCUGCCUAAUAUACAGCCAAACCACACCUUCCUAUUGACGCUAUUUUAUCAGUCACUGUCCCUGGUGCCUUUAUUCCUGAACCCAACUUUUGAGCGGUUCAUUGGAUCCAUGACCUUGUGUGCAUGGGCAUCCUUUCUAUUUGGCUGGCAUGUUCACGAGAAAGCCAUCAUGCUAAUCAUUGUGCCCUUCACUUUUUUGAUCCCUCGCGAUCGAAAGUUGCUUCCACUUUACGAAACCCUCACUGCGUCUGGUUAUGUCUCAUUGUUCCCGCUUCUUUUCGGUUCUGCAGAAUGGCUUUUCAAAGCACUGCUCACCUUUGUGUGGUUUGUGAUAUUCUCGAAUAGUUUCAAUGAGGUUUGCGAUUUCAGUUCCACAAUGUCACGUCGUGUCUUCAUACUGGAUAGGCUCAAUUUCUUCUAUAUAGUGGGGCUUAUUCCGUUGUCAUGUGUGAUACAGCUCCUUGACAUACAGUCCAGGAAUUUUGAAGUAUUACGAAGAUUUGAGUUUCUGAGACUCAUGGCAUACAGCACAUACUGCGCUAUUGGUGUGAUAAGCUCGUGGAACAUGUUCAGCUGGCUAUACUUUCUUGAUGAUAGUCUAUGGGAGGGAAGAGAAGCUAAGCAAAAAGCGCUCUGAGCCAAUGUUUGCAUUACUCACUUUAUUAUUCUAUCAGGAAACAUUGUCAAAUUUGUGGUUGAUGAAGUCUUGGAUUUUCGGCAAACAGUCGUAAUUCUCGUCGAUCAACCUUGUCCAGACCAGCAUGUUCCUAAUUGCAUUCGCAUCCCGACACUGAAGUGCACGCCAUAUAUACAUGAACACAUAAUCGGAUAUAACAACCAAUUGCAUCUGGCUGGUAAACGUGUCUUCCAACCUGUCCAAGUCGCUGAGAAAAAACAGAAUUUCAGAACGUUUCUUUGGAUAGUAUUGGCCAAAGUUCAGCAAUAGGUCCAACAAGACAGUGCCUUCAUCUUUGAAAAGUUUCAACAGAAGCAAGGCACCAAGCUUGGGGCCGUCCUGCUCCACUUCGGGAAUGCGAUCUAUGUCCGUGUUCAACCGUCUUGGCUCCUCUUCGGCAAUCAGAGUCUCAUUCUGGCUAUCGAAAAACAGCUCACGUGCUUCAGGAAACUUUCCCAGUCCUCCUGAUUGAAUUAGCCAACUCUGGAGCUCGAUUCUAAAUUUCUGUAUGUUGCGCACACAUACUCCCUUAAUUUUGAGUGACUUGAGCAUUAUGCAAAUAACUUUUAAGGGAAUCUCAUACGAGUUCUUGUCCUCGCCCACCUGUCUCAACUGAUCAAACUGAUUUGACAAAAAGGUGUCGACAACAACACUCUUUUCGUGAUCGGUCAAGAUCAAGGGCCCUUUUCGACUGAAUGGGUAUUCUAUGCGUCCCAAAGGAGAAUUCUUAUCAUUUUGUCUUUUUCCACGCUCUUCGAUGAGCAGGUCGUGAAGAUACGUUACCUGCCAGUGAUGGUACUGCUGCAUGCAAAGAUGACGUAGAAGUUUUAAUCUAGCACCAGGGGUCAUCAGAAGCUCGUCCAUCAUGGCAAAGUAGAGACUUGGGUUUCGCUUCACUAAAAUCUUGUAGUUUACUGAGUCGCAAACAACAUUAAUUAGCUCCUCCGUUGAUAUGGCAGGAUCAUUUUCUUUCUGUAGCAACUCAUCUUCGGUCAUUAAGCUCGCCUCAUAUUCGUACAUGACAAUCCAGGCAACACUGCGCACCACUUUCUCGCAAGGACACGCGUGGUCUGUGUCGUCAAACACAUAGUCUAGGUGGUCGAGCAGUUCGUCCGGAGAUGUGAAGAAUAUGUCCACAUCGUCUUGGGACUUAUGUAAGAGUUCGACGAACUCGUCGGUUAGCUGUGUAUUUGGUCCUCGUGGAAUUUCUCGCAGAUCGUUCCCCAGCUCAUCAAACUGGAGAGGAAUCGGCGAAUAAUGAGGUUGGAGAAUAUCAUCUGGCAAGAAUGGAUCUUUCUCUUCUAACGUGUCCUUGAUCGGGUCACCCAGAGACUUUAUGAUAGCCUGUUGUCGUUUUCUUCGCUCCGUGUCACAGGGGCAGCUUGGAUGGAACUCGCAGUCGAUAUCAAAGUCAGAAUCGUUGUCCGGGUGGUGUGCAAAAUAUGGAUCGUCCUUCACGUCUCUCGUUAGACUCAGCUCGAACAUGUACAUGACGUCUUCGUCGUAUCUAUCAUUCAGGAUCAGUUUGAACGGCAGAUUCUCAAAAUCAAUGCUACCAACGCGGGCAGGCAAGAUGUGGAUGUCGUUUUUGUUCGUCAAUGACCCGGUAAUUGCGCGACGGCCAAGAGGUCGCAUAAACGUAAAUAGCGAGCUGUGUUCAAGAUCGUGCACAUAGUUUUCGUCCUUCGCUGUGAUUGCGGCAGCCGUGAUUGAUCUCAGAGCAGCACAUCCUUUGAUUACUUGUCGCACAAUCGGCGGAUAUCCUGGAAAAUUGAGCUUCUCGUCUCUGCGAUCUAUCUCCAAGCCAUAUAUGAUAACCAGAGUUAUAUUUUCCCAGAGUUGGAAGAAAAAAUCGGCGAACGGGUUAUAUGAACCGAUGUCUGAACUGUAGCCGACUCUUUUGUAGAGGAGAUAUAUGCAGUACACGGAAACUGUGGCGAUGUUGUAGAGUAGUUUCAAAUCAUGGAACCCGUCAGCAAGGCUAGUUAUGCCAGAUAGUGUCUUGUGCGGCGUCCAAAUAUGUAAAUUUUCCUCCCAGUGAGUAUCGUCGUUAUUGACGUUUGCGAGUCUCUCAUAAUCCGAGCAGUUUAGCAAGACGGUUAUUUUUUCAACUAUGUUGGCUAACGCAAAGGCAAGAUCAAACCGAGGGGUCUCAGAACGGGAGUGUGUGUUGUAGUUCAGCGCGAUUACUGCGUUGGCAAUUCGUCUGAGAGACAGGACGUGUUCGUAACUGUAGUCCAUGUCGGAGGGCUGGGUAUACGCAUCGCAAAAACCUGCUAGCGAAGCGAAAAGAGGCCAAUGAUCAUAUUUCCACGGUCUUUUCGGAUUGUGGAUCCGCAACAGCUUGAAUAAGGCAGAGUGUACUUUCACCGGGUCGAAGUUCACCACUUGGUGAGAAAAAUCAAAGUCGAAACUGUAUUCUUCCUCGAAGAAAUCAUCGUAUUCUUCGUCGUCUGAAGAGUGA